CACACAUGCAUCGAAGACAAGAGGUGUGGAGUGUAUGUGUGUCUGGGUGUGUUUAGAGAAACCAAAGAGAUAGGGAAGGCAGAGUGGGAGCCAGAGGGUGAGGAAGACACAGACGAAGAAGGACUAAGGGAGAGAGAGAGAGUUUUUUUUUUUUUCGGACCUAAGCUCGACCCCCCCCACGACCCCCAGGAUGUUUAAGAGAAAAGACACCAGUAAGGAGAAUACGGUGAAGGUCUCCAGCAAGAAAAUCAGCAAGGCACAGGCCAGCGACCUUGCCAUGCUGAUUGCUCGGAUGCAACAGAAUGCUGACAAGGUGGAGCAAGACAUCCUUUACGCUGAAGACCUGCUGGCUGUGGAUGCCGAGAAUGACAAGAAAGACCUGCCCUUCAAGCACCAAAAUGAGAUCGCAGUCAAGCUGGGCGAGGCGGAGGGCCUGCUGAAGGACCUCUUCCUGGAUGUGGACAAAGCCAAGAAGCUCAAACACCCGCAGGGCACGGAGAUAGAGAGCGACGUCAGCCUCCUCCACGACCGCUGGCUUAAGGACUGUGGCUUCUACCGGGACAUCUACGAGCAGGUCGAGGACGUGUCACGGGUUCCCAGAAUCGACUGGGCUACCGUUCUCAACCAGAAGCAGAAAGAGGUGAACACUGAGGCGUACGGCCCCAGCCUGGCAGAUCUGGAGAAGCAGAUCGCGGCCCACAACAUCGCCCACAAGGAGAUCGAGGCCUACAGCUCCCAGCUCAACGUCAGCUCUGCUGGCAGCAAGGAAAACUACUCAACCAUCAAGAAACAAUACAACAACUUGCGGGACAACUCCAAGUGGCGCCACCACUACCUGAGCAGCCUGUACAACUACAUGCAGGGCUGCCACAAGGAGCUGGGCUUCCUGGGAGAAGAGCAGGAGAAGAUCAAGAAGCAGGACUGGAGUGACCAUAUCAUCGACCCGCCUGACGUCCGCAGGCAGUAUGAGAACUUCAAGAACAACAGCUUGCUGUCCCACGAGAGCGAGGUGAACAAACUCCAGGAUGACGCAGACCGACUCAUAGAGCUGAAGCACCCCGCCAGUGCCACAAUACAGGCUCAGAGAGAUGAUGUGCGGAACAACUGGCAGAAAUUCCUCAAUCUCUGCAUUUGCCAGGAGACACAUCUGGAUAAUGUGGAGGAUUUCAAAAAGUACCAAAUGGACACUGAGGAUCUGUCAGAGACUCUGACCAAACUCAACAACAGUUUGGACCCCAAGAGCGUCGACAAGAAGAGCAACUCUGAGACGCUGCUGCAACUCGAGGCGGAGGAGAAGGCCGUGCAGCAGAGUGAGCAGCAGCUGGCCGACCUGAGGAGGCGCAGCACCAACAUCGCUCCUCUGAGGCUGCGUCGCAUCGCUCCCAGCAGGCCGAUCACCGUGGAGUCGCUCUGUGACUGGGACACAGACAAGGCUUCUCUGUCAAAAGGGGACAGGUUCACCCUGAAAUCUAACUCAGACAACGAGAACUGGGAAGUGAUUUCCAGUGAUGGCUCAACCAAGACCUUUCCAGGGGUUUGCUUCCAGAUCCCUCCACCUGACCCAGAGGCCAUUGACAAAGUGGACCUUCUGGGUGGUGAACUGGCAGACAUCAAGAAGAGAAGAGCCGCUCUGGCAGCAUCCCUGAAGAAUAAUAACACAGCCGUCUCCAGGUCCCAACAAGCAGCCCCGGUGUCUUCUGCCCCGACGAAUCCCAAAGCGGCAGCCCUGGCUGAGCAGCUGGACAAGCUGGACAGCGACUUGGCCCAGACUGAGGAGGACAUCCUGAGCCGCCUGAGAGCCCCGCUGAACCGCAGUGACCCGGCCGGAGAUCUGGCCAACAGGCUGAAGGAACAGGAGAAAGCAGCUGAGGCACUGAAGGCCCUCGAGCAGCAGAAGGCCGCGGCCCAGGCUGACUUGCAGCCGCUGCUGUCUAACGACCCUAGUACCUCCUCCGCCCUGCCACUCAAACUCAGCGCUGCCAACAACAAGCAAGAAGGCAUCGCUGCACUUGCUGACCUCUACACCAAAAAAGCCAACGCAUCUCUCAACCUGGAGGGUCAGAUUAACAAGGUGGACGGCAUCGUCUCUGGCUUUGAGGACAAGCUGAGUCAAGACAAUUCAAUCCCUGAUGCUCCAGAUGCCAUCCAGACCCGGGCUCAAGAAAUUCAGAGCCUGCGUAAGGAUGUGGCCGGGGCCCAGGAUGACAUGAAGAAGCUGGGCCAGGACCUGGAGAACACACAGCAGCUGUGUAGCUCUCUCCAGCAGGGCUACCAGGAGUACUGUCCCGACAUCCAGCGCCAGGAGAGCCAGGUCAAGCAGCUGCAGAACCGCUACGCAAACGUCACCAACCAGCUGAAGGAGAGAGAAAACAUUCUGCAAGAAGCUGCGACUAAAAACCAGGAGUUCCAGAGCACAAGCAAAUCCCUGAACGCCUUCCUGGACAAUCUGCCUAAAAAUCAGAUCAACCCCAGUGAUGACCUAUCUCAGCUCAGCGCCAAGCAGAGCUCCCAAGAGAGGGUGAUGGAUGACCUGAGGAGGAAGGGAGAUGACAUGGACAGAGUGGUGGACCUGUCUCAAGACUUGCAGAAUUUGCUCAGUGAGUAUGAUGCUAAUGUUAACAAAUACAACAGCACCCUCGAUGACUCUGGGGCCACGGUUGCAAAGAAGCCAAACAUUCCCACACUUGCUGAUGCUAUUCAGAAGCAGGAAAAAUCUCUGGUAAACCGAUAUGCUGAAACAUCAGCUGAAAACAACCAGCGCCUCAAUCAGAUGGGCUUGGCUAAGAAUCUGAAAGCUCAAAAUGAAGAGAAAAUUCACCUGGUGGCACAGCAACAAGUGCAGCUUGAAAGCCAACAAAGGAGUAUGUCAGAGAUAAACGGUCUGAAGAAAGAGCUGGAAGAGGAGCAGGAGAGAAGGGCUCAUGCGGAGACAGACUUGAGAACUUUCAAGGACAGGUUUAUGUCGCUGAAAGGUCGUAGAGGAGUAGAGCGUGUUGAGGAAAAAGAAGUGCUGCAGUACUACCGCGACCCUAAAUUAGAAACUGAUUUGGCGGAUUUUCAGAACAAAAUGCAUGAAGAGUCCUUGAGGCGCAGCACCACACAGAGUGAGAUCGAAGUACUCAACAACAAAAUCACUGCCUUAGAGGACACCCUGAAAAACACACCACCCAAACUAGUGACCAGAGAGGUGACAGAGUUUGAGAGAGAUCCUCAGCUAGAUGUAGAGGCAGCAAAGUUGAGAGAUGAAAUAGCAAAGAUGAAAGAUGAAGUUCGAGUGAGAGAUGGGGAGACAAUUACGAUGAAGACAGAAGUCUCAAUCCUCCAGCAGAAGAAACCCCCCAUCAAAGAGAAGGUGGUUAAGAAGGAGGUGGUAAAAGUGGAGAAAGAUCCGGUGAUGCUGAAUGCAGUGCAGACAUUUGAGAGAGAAAUUGAAGAUGAGGCUAGUCAGAGCAAGCUCAUCAAUGAUGAAAUCUUCCAGACCAGGAGCCAGAUUAAUAUGCUGGAGAGAAUCAUUCCAAAUAUCGCACCUAAGGUCAUCACCAAGGAAGUGAAAAAGAUUGAACAAGACCCUGACCUCAUCAAUGAAUCUAAGAAGAUUCGAUCAAGCCUUGAGGAUGAGAGGAUUGAAACCAACACCUUGACCAGAGAGGUUUCAGACCUGCAGAGUCGCUAUCGUGAAGUGCAAGAGAGGAAACCAAGAACGGAGGUAAAGGAAAUAGUUAAUGAGAUCUACCGGAUAGACCCAAACACAGAAGUGGAUAUAAUGCGUCUAAAGAAAGACAUACAAGACUCCCACAAGCAGCACUCUGAUCUGGAGCAUGACAUCACUCUAGUCUCAUCUGAUCUGAAUGUGCUCCGUUCUGAGAAACCCCGCGUGGAGAUGAAGGAAGUCCUUCAAGAGAUAGUGAGGGAGGAGAGGAGUCCUGAAAAUGAGAGAGAGAUUCAGAGGCUAAAUGAUCAGGUGAACAAUCUCAGCAGCGUUUAUAACUCCAAACAAGAUCAGGUAAUAGCACUAAAGAGAGAGAGAGACGAAUGGAAGGCUGAAAGGUCCAAGGUAGAGACCAAGCUUGUCACCAGAGAGGUCAUCAAAUAUGAAAAUGAUCCACUCCUGGAGAAAGAAGCUGAUCGCUUGAGAAGAGAGGUGCGGGACGAGGCACAGCUGCGACGCACCACUGAAGAGAUGGUAUUUGACUUGCAGAACAAAUACAUCCUUUUGGAGAGACAGAAACCUGAGGAGAAGGUGGUUGUGCAGGAGGUGCUGCGUUUACAGAAGGACCCCAGACAGGCAGUUGAGCACGACAGGCUUGGCAGACACCUUGAUGAUGAAGUGAAGUCCCGCCGUCAGAUAGAGCUGGAGCUGCAGCAGCUAAGGACCAAGUUGGAGGACAAAGAGAAGAUCCUCAGAGAGAGUGAUGAGCACCAAAAGAGAAUUCAAGUAGAGUCUGAACUCAGAGAGAUCAGACUACGCAUUAAACAGCUGGAAAAUGCUCCACCUCCUGUUGAGGAGAGUAUUGUUGUGGAGGAGGUGCUGAAGAUUGAGAGAGACCAAAAACUGGACAGGAUGACAAAUGGUCUUCGGACAGACUUGGACAAAGAAACCAACAACAUCCUCCGUAUUGAAAGAGAAAUCCAGAGUGUGAGACUCAACAUUGACAUCCUACAGCAAGAGAAAUCUGCUGUGAGGGAAGUGUACAAGGAGGUUAUCCGUGUUGAGAAAGAUCAGGCUGUGGAAGCAGAGAGGGAUCGCCUGAGGGAACAGGUAACCCAGGAGAAAUUUGCCAGGCAGGAUCAGGAGGAUGAAUUAAAACGCAUCUCUGACAAUAUUAAUUCUCUGAUGACCACCAAGUCCAGCACUUCAAGAGAGGAGACCAGCCUCAUUUUGAAUAGAGAUGCCUUACAGAGGGAGAGAGACAACCUCACUCGUGAACUCAGAUCCCUUGAAGCUGACAAACAUGAUGUCAGCCUUUCAUUCCACCAGCAGAGCAGGCUGAUGAGUGAGAGAACGCAGAUGAGCAGACAGAAGAGCAUUAAGAUGGAAUCUGAUGUCCAGCGUCUGGAGAAGGAGAUCCUGGAUGAAAAAGACAAGAUUAACUCGAAAAACAGCACCAUCCGGGAGCUUGAGCAGGAUUUACAGAAAGAGGCACAGGCAGAGACUAGGACCAAAGAAACCAAUGUCUCUACUAGAAUCACCAUUUUGGAUCCAGAUACGGGCAAGGAUAUGUCUCCUUAUGAUGCAUACCUGCAGGGAAUCAUUGACCGCAAACAAUACAUUCAUCUGCAGGAGUUGGAGUGUGACUGGGAGGAGAUAACGUCCAUGGGACCUGACGGUGAGACAACAGUCCUUCAAGACCGCAAGAGUGGCAAGCAGUAUUCCAUCAAAAAUGCUCUGAGGGAUGGCAAGCUGACGCAGCGUGAGCUGCAGCAGUACAAAGAUGGAAAAAUGCCCAUCUCAGAGUUUGCCCUGCUUGUUGCAGGUGACAUUAAGAAACAGCCACUAUUUAAUUCAGUCACCCCAAAGCCCACCACAUCUCUGAAAUCACCCCCCUCUCAAAAGUCCACUGGCGUUUAUCCGAUCGCUGGAAUAAUGGACACACACACUGACACUUGCUUUACAAUACGCAGUGCCGCCACACGUAAACUGAUUGACACCACCACUGCCCAACGGCUUCUAGAGGCUCAGGCAGCAACAGGAGGCAUCAUUGAUACCAAAACUGCACAGAGAUACUCAGUCCACAAGGCAGCAGAUAGAGGCCUCAUUGAGGCCAGUCAACUGCAGAGGCUGCUCAAUGCGCAGAAGGCCUUCACUGGUGUUGAGGAUCCCGUCACCAGGGAGCUUUUGUCAGUGGGAGAGGCUGUUCAGAAAGGCUGGAUGCCCAAGGAAACUGCCAUUCGCUACAUGGAAGCACAGCACCUGACAGGAGGGCUGAUCAACCCCAAAACCGGCAGCCGAAUAGACGUCAUUGAAGCCAUCGGGGUAAAAAUGAUUGAUAGCACAAUGCUGAGAGAGCUGCAGGCUGACACAAACUAUGCCAAGGAAAUUGUAGACCCACUCACAAAGGAGAGGAUCAACUACAAACAGGCUAUGGAGCGUACCAAGAAAGACCCAGAGUCAGGCUUACCGAUGCUGCCUGCCUCCUCAAAGGAUUCUGGCUACGUUCCUUCAUACACUUCUCAUAGAUACUCAAGAUACUAGACAUGUUUACAGCAUACUUAAAAGAGUAUUUUGGUCUCUGGGGUGAUUAAUGAGAUACCAGCUUAUACUAGUAGUUGUAGAAUUGAUAAGAUACAUUGUGCGCACCUCAUGAAAUAAAUUCAAUAUAUUAAAUAUAAUGUACAUUUUUGACUCAGGAAAAGUCUGACUCUACUGCAAAGCUUACUGUUUAGCCAAAAUAAUUGCUGCUGAGUUGCUUUUGUUUACCAAACAUGUCUUAUGUGGGAAGAUGUAUUUUUUGAUUUAAUUUAAAAAAAGAGAAAAAAGAAAACAUAAAUACUGGUUUGUGAUAUGUUGAUUAUCCUUGAUAUUCUUUGUUUUAUUAGGUAUACUGGGACAUGGUGCAAUGCUAUUUACCGAGAUUGAUUCAUACUGUAUUACUUAUGGAUUCUCCUUGACACUGUUCACUUUAAAGCCAAUCUUGUUUGAUACUUUAUGAAAAAACAAAUACCAAUAAAUUUAAAUUAUAUGAUUACA